GAUAAUUACGAUUGAUAAACAAGUAUUUGCUUGCUGAUAAUCUAUUAAAAAUACUUACGUAGAAUAUAUAAAGAGGAAGACAAAUCUGAUCGUCAUAACAAUAGUAAGAAGGAAUACAAUACAAGACGAAAUUGUGCGCUUUCAGAAGCAAGAAUGAAAGCAACGUUUGUGGCAAUAUUUGCCACACUUUUGGUGACGUUUGCUUUCGCCACUCCACCUCAAUGUCCAAAUAAGGACGGAGAGGAUGUUGCCUUGUUUCCGAAUCCAGAUGACUGCUCGACCUACUAUUCCUGCAAUGCAGGCGUACCGCAAAUAAUGAAAUGUAGUGAAGGACUGGAAUAUAAUUCGGAUUUAAGAGUAUGCGACUGGCCCAGAGAAAAUGCAGAAUGUAAACAUGACCAUACAAGACCACCACAUUCUUCGACAGCCAGUCCUACGCUGACAACUCGCCCUCCACGACCAACUGAAUCUGGCGAACACAGUACUACUGCAUCACCUCGUCCGCCACGACCAACUCGUUCUACUGAACCAUCUCCAUUCCACCCUACACACACUCCUACUGAUGGAUCAUCCCGUCCUCCAAAACCAACUCACCCUACUAGACCACACCACUCUUCAAGACCAACUGAUUCUACUGAACCAUCCCGUCCUCCAAAACCAACUCACCCUACUAGACCACACCACUCUUCAAGACCAACUGAUUCUACUGAACCAUCCCGUCCUCCAAAACCAACUCACCCUACUAGACCACCCCACCCUUCAAGACCAACUUCAACUGCCAGUCCAAGGCCAUCUCGUCAACCAGAUUCUGAUGUUGGUCCACCACACCACCCUCCUGGUCCACCUCACCAUCCUCCUGGUCCACCACACCACCCGCCAGGACCACCACACCACCCGCCAGGUCCACCUCACCGCCCUCCUGGUCCACCUCACCAUCCUCCUGGUCCACCACACCACCCGCCAGGUCCACCACACCACCCGCCAGGUCGACCACACCACCCGCCAGGUCCACCUCACCACCCUCCUGGUCCACCACACCACCCGCCAGGUCCACCACACCACCCGCCAGGUCCACCACACCACCCACCCGGCCCACCACACCACCCUCCUGGUCCACCUCACCACCCUCCUGGUCCACCUCACCACCCUCCUGGUCCACCUCACCGCCCACCCGGUCCACCUCACCGCCCACCCGGUCCACCACACCACCCACCCGGUCCACCUCACCGCCCGCCCGGUCCACCUCACCGCCCGCCCGGUCCACCUCACCGCCCACCCGGUCCACCACACCACCCACCCGGUCCACCACACCACCCGCCCGGUCCACCACACCACCCGCCAGGUCUACCACACCACCCGCCAGGUCCACCACACCACCCACCCGGUCCUCCACACCACCCGCCAGGUCCACCACACCACCCGCCAGGUCCACCACACCACCCUCCCGGUCCACCACACCGCCCGGACCUUCCUCCAAUUCCGCAUCAUCCCCCACAACGUCCUCAUUACCCCUUUGAUGAGCCCAUAUUUCCAAGAUAUAGAUAUUCCAAGAUACUAGAAGUCUAACCAAUUUUAUGAUUAAAAGGAGUUGCUCAAUGUCACUGAAAUUCUUAGUGUAUUUGACAAAAAUUAUAUAUUCAAAAUGUAUUCGAUAUAGUUGAACUGUAAUAAAUAUUUCUGAAUUUA